AGGAAGCGACCUGCGGGGUGAGAGGGCAGCGGGGCAGCCGGAAGGGAAGGAGCAGGUUUAUUGAGGGUUAUUUCUCUCUCAUUUCUAAAAACCUAACCCCUCCAAGGAGUCAACAUGGAAGAGCUUAAAGAUUCAAGGCCACCUGAAGAAUUACUGCAUAACUUAAAGCUUUCUGAUGAGAAGUCUUCAGAGAGCACCAGUUCUUUGGCAGCUGGCCCCAAAGAUGCGCAGAAUCUGAAAAACACGGAAAGUGGGUACAUACCAUCUUCAGCUAAGGAGCGCCCAACAGCAGAUGAGUGCUUCCAUGACUGUCAUGACUCCUUUGAGGCAAAAGAAUCCAAAGAGGAUGAUGAAGGCAAUUUACAGAAUGAUGAGAAUAGCUCAAAGAAGCAGACAGAACUAGAUGAAGAAUACUUACUAGAACUAGAAAAAGAUAUGCCAGAGGAAGAAAAACAGAAAAGAAGAAAGGAGAGCACAACCCUGAAGGAGAAAGGAAAUGAGCAGUUCAAGAAAGGAGACUAUGGAGAGGCAGAAGACUCAUAUACGAGGGCUCUGCGGAUUUGUCCUGCCUGCUUCCAAAAAGAUAGGGCCGUUUUGUUUUCAAACAGAGCUGCUGCAAAAAUGAAACAGGACAAGACGGAAGCUGCACUAAAUGACUGCAGCAAAGCAGUGGAAUUAGAUCCUAACUAUGUUAGAGCUUUGCUGCGGAGAGCAGAACUAUAUGAAAAAACAGAAAAACUAGAUGAAGCUCUGGAAGAUUAUAAAACAAUCCUAGAAAAAGAUCCAUCAAUUCAUCAAGCCAGAGAAGCUUGCAUGCGAUUACCUAGACAAAUUGAAGAGCGGAAUGAAAAAUUAAAGAAAGAAAUGUUAGGCAAACUGAAGGAUCUUGGGAAUUUGGUUCUUCGCCCAUUUGGCCUAUCAACAGAAAACUUCCAGAUAAAACAGGAUUCAUCGACUGGUUCAUACUCUAUUAAUUUUGUUCAAAAUCCCAAUAACAACAGAUAACAUGAAUUCAGUCUAAUUCUGCUGGUUUUCAGGCUUCAUGACCAGGUGCUUGCAUGAAAGGAUUCUGUAAACAUUUAUCACUCUAUCCAAGCAAAGAUAGACUUGAGCAUAUUCAUCUCCCUGCUUGUGAAAUUAUUUACAAUGUGGAUGUAAAGCAAGUCAUUUGACUUCUCUUAGUGAUAACUUUGUGUCCAGUGUGUGUGGUGGGUUUUGUUUUGUUUUUUUAAUUUAUUCCCCCCUCCCUGGCCCAUUGUGGUGUUUGGCUUGCCUGACAGCCAGGUUCAUUCCUUGGCUCAUUCAAUGCUGGCAACAAAAUUCUAGCAAGCAAUUCAGUUGAAUCAAAAUGCCCAUGCACCUGUAGCCAAAUACAAAGCCUAAUGGUGUCUUGGGGAAUUAAUGAAUCUAGAAGGAGCACUUCUUCACACUCAGCAGGUGAAUAUGACUGACUGCAUGCAUGCAAGCAAGCCAACCUCUUCUGUGGAAUAAUUUUUCUUUGUAAUAAAGGCUUGAUAUUUC